GUCAUUCAUAUAAUACUGUACAUAAAAUGAGUAAUGAAGAAUCAAAAAAGUCUGGAUAAGUUUAGUAGCAGUAUCAUUUUUUUUAUUCUUUAGCUUCACUUUAUGGGUGUAUAGUGCUUGUCAGUUCAAACCAAAUCCAUAUUAAAAAUGUACGGUAUGAACUGAAAAAAAAUUUAAAAUCAGGUUAUUUACUCUAGCUAAUGUGUUAACACUGUGCUUAAGUUACACAAGUAUGCAAAAUGGACAAAUGAUGCAUAUUAGUUUUGUUUUAUAAAUAAAACAAACACUUUUUUGCUUUAUUGUACAUUUUAAUAGUUAUUAAUGGUUUUAUUUUUAAACACUGCCCAUAUAUCUGUGCUGGCCAGGAUAAUCAUGUCAUUCAAAUGGAAGGGGUGGGCGGACUGUAAUCCAAAAAUAAACAAAUGGUUUGAUGAUGUAAUGAAUUUCAACAGGUAGAUUAUAAAACACUGUUACCAAGUCUUUCACAUAGUUUGCAUGUAUAUGACCAGACUGAUAAAAUGAGUGUAAUUCACUCAUGAAAGAUGCAGAAAGGCUGGGGCUUUGUUAGUCUUAUUCUGACUUGUUGCGUGCUGCUCUAUCUAGUACUUUUGAUGAAUCUCUCUGAACACUUCUACAGCAAAACUUUCGUCAUUUCUGCACUGAUUUUAUCACCACGUGGAAAUACUAGUUUGCAAAUAACUGAAAAACCCUUUCACUCUGCUGAGCAAGAAGUGACCAUUACACCUAUACCGGUUCUCUACAAGAACAAUUUUACAAAACUGCCAGUGUGGGAUUUCGAAGAUGUUUAUUUGCGAGACCAUCAAGCAAGAAAACCUACAUGUCCUAAGUCCCUUCAAAACACAGAGGAUCCCAAGUUCAAGGAGGCUGCCCUUUCUGAUAUUCAGCUGUGGCUAUACAAAGGUCAACUCAACAUAACAGAAUGGAAUCGAUUAGCACACUUCAACAAUCCUUUUGGCUUCAUGGAGUACAAUUACAAUGAGGUGAAAAAAGCAGUGGACUUGAUACCAAAGCCCAAGUCUUCAAUAUUACUGCCUGUGCCUGAAGGCUCAAAAGAUGGCUGUAUCCGCUGUGCUGUUGUGGGCGCUGGUGGUAUCCUCAAUAACUCAAAGAUGGGCAAAGAGAUAGACUCCCAUGAUUAUGUUUUUCGAGUAAAUGGGGCUGUUACUCAAGGUUACGAGGAGGAUGUUGGAAAUAGAACAUCAGUUUAUGUGCAUACAGCUUUUUCCUUAUAUGCCUCCAUGCUGAGAUUAAAAAAGGAAGGCUUUGACAGUAUUCCACAAGAUGAGGGUAUCAAAUAUGUAAUGAUCCCUGAGGGCCUGAGGGACUUUGAGUGGCUCCAAGGCCUUUUGCAGGGAAAAGUUGCCAACGGUUCAUUCAAGGGUGUGAGGCCCCUGGAUUAUUUCAAUGGGAAUUUUAAUGAGAGUAGAUUCUACGUUCUUCACCCUGAUUUUCUUCGAUACAUUCGCAACAGAUUCAUGCCAUCCAAACAAAUGCAGGGCAAUUACUGGGCUAUAUACAGACCGACCAAUGGAGCGUUUGCUUUGUUUUUGGCUAUUCACACAUGUGAUAUUGUGGAUGCCUAUGGAUUUAUUACAGAAGACCACCAUAAGUACUCCAACUAUUAUUAUGAAAAGUUAAAAAAAACCAGUGUCAUUUUCUAUAUUAACCAUGACUAUGGCCUGGAGAUAAAGACCUGGAAGAAACUGCAUGACUUUGGAAUCAUUAGACUCUUCCAAAGACACUAACACAUCAAAAACAGAAG